AUGAAGCGAUUGAGUAUAAGGGUUCUGAGCACCACAAUUUUCCUCUAUUUGUUGAAAGCAAACGGUGGCGUCAGGCCAGCAUCAUCAACAGAAGCUGAGAGAAAUCACCCCACCUCUACACAACUGUCUCCAUCUGACUUCCUUGACAAGCUCAUGGGGAAGACCUCAGGCUAUGAUGCACGUAUCCGUCCAAAUUUCAAAGGUCCACCCGUGAACGUCACCUGCAAUAUUUUUAUCAACAGCUUUAGCUCUGUGACUGAGACGACCAUGGACUAUAGGCUCAAUGUGUUCCUGCGGCAACAGUGGAACGACCCCCGCCUUGCAUACAGUGAGUAUCCUGACGACUCCCUUGACAUUGACCCUUCAAUGUUGGACUCCAUCUGGAAGCCUGACCUGUUCUUUGCCAAUGAGAAAGGAGCCAGCUUCCACGAGGUGACGACAGACAACAAGUUAUUGCGCAUUUUUAAGAACGGCAAUGUCUUAUACAGCAUCAGGCUCACCUUAGUUCUCUCAUGCCCCAUGGAUCUGAAGAAUUUCCCCAUGGAUGUUCAGACGUGUGCCAUGCAACUGGAGAGCUUUGGCUACACAAUGAACGAUUUGAUAUUCCAAUGGCUGGAGGAGGAGUCUGUUCAAGUUGCUGAGGGUUUAACGCUCCCACAAUUCAUCCUAAACGAUGAGAAAGACCUUGGCUACUGCACAAAGUCCUACAACACAGGCAAGUUUACCUGCAUUGAAGUGAAGUUCCACUUGGAGAGACAGAUGGGCUAUUACCUCAUCCAGAUGUACAUUCCCAGCCUGCUCAUUGUCAUCCUGUCCUGGGUGUCUUUCUGGAUUAAUAUGGAUGCUGUUCCGGCCCGGGUUGGACUGGGCAUCACCACUGUCCUCACCAUGACGACGCAGAGCUCAGGCUCCAGGGCCUCACUGCCAAAGGUCUCUUACGUCAAAGCCAUCGACAUUUGGAUGGCCGUGUGUCUCCUGUACGUUUUUGCUGCCUUACUUGAAUACGCCGCAGUCAAUUUUGUGUCUCGACAGCACAAGGACUUCAUAAGGCUACGGAAGAAGGAGCAAUUACAAGUGGCUGUUGCAGACAUGCAGGAGGAAAACCGCUUCUUCUUCCGGGGCUAUGGCCUGGGACACUGUGUGCAUGUGAGAGAUGGAACAGAGCUGGAGGGGACAAGCCUAUUUCAAUCUGCGCAGCCCCGACCGAGGGACACAGAGUCCAUCCGACAGAGAUUUGUGGACAGGGCGAAGAGGAUUGAUAAAAUCUCCCGAGCUGUUUUCCCAGUCACAUUCCUGAUUUUUAAUAUUUUUUAUUGGUUGACAUACAAGAUCAUCCGGCAACGGGAUAUUCAUGAGGUUUAA